UUGGCGCUUAUUUUUUGGGUUAUGUUUAUUGUUUAAAAUGGAAAAUCCACACAGAUAUUUCUUGCAAUACAUGUUGAAAAAUGGUGUUUGCAAUAAAGUGGCGGCUUUAAAGUAUUGCAAAAAAUUGGACAAUGACAACAUUAAAGAUAUUGACGACUUAAAGUCGCUUGUUAUAAAAAUAAACAGAGAAAUAGGCAAACAAUCCUUAAAAAUCACCUAUGGAACAUGUGAAGUCACAAAUCAGGAAAUGAUUGUAAUGUUAAAUACCAAAAACGAUGCUUUAGCGAAAUUACAAAUUUCUUUUACUCCAGCUCAUUUAGAAUACUUUCAAGCUAUUCUAGGGGAAAUUCUGAACUCUGAAAAUUACAGAAUUACUUUCAUUGUAUGUUUGAAUCUAACCUCAACACUUGUUUUGAGCUUAUCACGAGAUAAGGGGCAAGUUGUGUUUGAUAAGUGGGUGAAAGGGGGUUAUUUUGUGAAAGAUCAGAAUCACGUUUAUCUUGGUUUGAGAACCAUAUUCGAGUUUACUUCGUAUUUGAGGUCACACUGCCCCAAUUCAUUGUGUAAGUUGUGCAAUGAGUUGGUUUUUAUAGGGAAGUCUUGUUCCAAAUGUUCGAUGGUUUUUCACGGUUAUUGUAUCACAAAGUAUUUGAAGAAUCAGGUUUCAUGCCCCAGUUGUGAUUUAAAGUGGGAAAGUAAUGAUGGUUUAGAAAAUAGUGGGAUUGAUGAUUCAACAGCAGAAAAUGAUGAUAUUUCAGUGAAUAAUCAAUCACAAAAUGAUACUGAUAAUGAAAGUGUUACUGAUGAACCUGGUCCAAGCAGCAGAAAACAUAGGAGAAGGAUUUAAUAUUAUUUAUAAGAUUUUGUUGAAAAUAAAACAUUUUUUUUAUUUUUUUGAUAAUGAAAG